AUGAUGUCAGAGGCUCCUAGAGACUCCACCAUAGACUAUGAACUCUCAGAGAAGAACAAGAAACUUCUUGACUUCAUAGAGGAUGUUACUGCUAAUGCUGAUGAAGUCCAGAAGAACACCCUCGCUGAAAUCCUCUCCCUCAAUGCAAACGUUGAGUACUUGCAACGACAUGGUCUCAAUGGCCACACAGACCGUGAGACCUUCAAGAAACUUGUGCCUGUCAUAACCUACGAGGAUGUCCAACCGGACAUUAACCGCAUCGCCAAUGGUGACACUUCUCCAAUCCUCACCUCAAAGCCCAUCUCAGAGUUUCUUACUAGCUCUGGGACAUCUGGGGGAGAGAGAAAGUUGAUGCCCGCAGUUGAAGAUGAGUUUGGGGGAAGGUUUUUCAUGUCUAGUCUUUUGAUGCCUAUAAUGAGCCAGUUUGUUCCCGACCUAGAAAAAGGAAAAGGAAUGUACCUAAUGUUUGUAAAGAGUGAAUCCAAAACACCUUGUGGGAUUGUGGCUCGCCCAGUUCUCACAAGCUUAUACAAGAGGUCCUAUUUAAGAGACAGACCCUAUGACCCAUACACAAACUACACAAGCCCAAAUGAGACUGUCCUCUGUCCUGAUUCAUACCAAAGCAUGUAUUCCCAAUUGCUUUGUGGUCUUUGCCAAAACAAAGAGGUGCUCCGUGUGGGGGCUACAUUUGCCUCUGGCUUCAUUCGUGCCAUUCACUUCCUUGAGCAACAUUGGACCCUCUUUUGCAAUGAUAUUAGAACAGGAACCAUCAACCCCUUAGUCACUGACACCUCAGUUAGAGAAGCUGUCAUGAAGAUCCUCAAACCUGACCCAAAGCUUGCAGAUUUUAUCCAAGCCGAGUGUAGCAAGAGUUCCUGGCAAGGUAUCAUAACGAGGUUGUGGCCAAACACAAAAUAUGUGGAUGUUAUUGUGACUGGGACAAUGUCACAGUACAUUCCAACGUUGGACUACUAUUGCAAUGGCCUCCCACUCGCGUGCACAAUUUACGGUUCAAGUGAAUGCUAUUUUGGUGUCAACCUCAACCCUCUUUGCAAACCGAGCGAAGUUUCUUACACCCUUAUCCCCACCAUGUGCUACUAUGAAUUCUUACCAGUUAACAGAAGCAAUGAGGUCACUGGUUCUCUCAAUGAGAAAGAGCAUCAAGAAUUGGUGGAUCUUGUUGAUGUCAAGCUUGGCCAAGAAUAUGAGCUUGUAAUUACAACUUAUGCUGGACUUUAUAGGUACAGAGUUGGUGAUGUGUUAAGGGUGGCUGGAUUCAAGAACAUGGCUCCUCAGUUCAACUUCGUUUGCAGAAAAAACGUAGUCCUGAGUAUAGAUUCUGACAAAACAGAUGAAGUUGAGCUUCUGAAUGCAAUGAAGAAUGCUAGGACACACUUGUUGCCCUUUGAUGCAGAUGUGGCUGAGUACACUAGCUAUGCAGAUACAACAACAAUCCCAGGGCACUAUGUGUUGUACUGGGAGCUUACCCUCAAUGGAUCAACACCUGUUCCUCCAUGUGUGUACGAGGAUUGUUGCUUAACUAUUGAGGAAUCAUUAAACAGUGUGUACCGCCAAGGCCGUGUCUCAGACAAAUCAAUAGGGCCACUUGAGAUCAAGAUUGUGGAAAAAGGUACCUUUGACAAGCUCAUGGACUAUGCCAUUAGCUUAGGGGCAUCAAUAAACCAAUACAAGACCCCAAGAUGUGUAAAAUUUGCCCCUGUUGUGGAGCUUUUGAACUCAAGGGUAACAUCAAACUAUUUCAGUGUUAAAUGUCCAAAAUGGGUUUCAGGUCAUAAGCAGUGGAUCAAUCAGAACUGA